AUGUUCCCAUUAUCGCAAAAAAAAAGAGCCGAGGAAGUAUGCUAUGAAGCAUUGAAGGUUAUUGCAUCUGGUAACGGAGAACAAGCAGGGAAAGCUCGCAUCUUUCUUGAAACUUUUAACGAACAAAUUGACUCUCAAACCGUUCAAGAAUUUUGGGAAAGUGUUCGCUUGCAAAAUGAGAGAUCUAAAACUCGCAAUGCACAACUUCAUUUGAACGAAAAAAAGUUAAGUAUAUACAUUAAACAACAGUUCAUUCAGGUCGAAUCGAAUGUCAUAGAGGAGUUUCAUAUUAAGGGUGAUCAAUUGCUGUUGGAAUUUAAGGAAAAUUUAGGUGUGAUGAAUACUUUAAAUGAUUCCAGAAGCAAAGAAAAACGAUCAAUGGAUAAUGGUGAACCUUCAAAAAACAGUAAAAAGUCUAAAACUACUAAUACAGAUGAAAUUGAUUCGGAAUCUAAUGACCCGGAAGAGAGCGACAAGAAAAAUCUUACAGAAGUUAAGGAAGAAUAUAAUCUUAAAAAUCUGAAGGUAAAUAAUUAUGCUGAGAACAUUUCAUCAGGUUUAGAUUAUCUGAGCGAGCAGACAAAUGACGAAUUGAAUUCUGGGAUAUCAUCUAACUAUGAGGACGAAGAUGAAGAAAAUUCUUUAGAUGGCAGUUCUGAUGAAGAAGAUACAGUCGAACUUGCAGACAUAUCAUUUAAUUCUUUCGUUGAUCUUUCAUCAGAGUUUAAACGGGGCAUGCACUCUUGGUUUAACGACGAUUGGAUCCCAUUAAAGAACAAAGCGCUAUCAAAAAUAAACUUAACAGUUGAAGAGUUUUCUGGUGACAUGUUAGAGUUUAUUACAAAAGUUGAAAAUAACGGUCAACCGCAAAAACACACAGAAAUACAAUCUGUGAUAAAAAUGGUGGAUCCUAUAUUGGAAAUCAUAUUUUCCGAUUGUCAAAACCUUGUAAGGCUUAUGUGGGGAGAGACCGUUUCACAAGUUACAAAUGAUUCAAAAAGAAAAAUAGACCUCUGUAUAAGAACUGAGAAUGGUACAAAAGAGUUGAGCCAUUCUGAAUGUGCCCAAAAAGCUACAUUGUUAAAAAUUUUAAAAGAUCUAAGUAAAUCUCUUAGAACAAACAAGUGCAUACUUAACAAAUAUCUCAAGAACGAUCUUCCAGAUGAAGCUUUGGAAGAUACAACAAUUUUUGGAUUACAGCUGGCAGCUCUGGAAGGACAACUAAUUGGAGUUGAUUUACUAGACGAAGGACUUUAUUUCGGAUUCGAUGGGUCUGUCUUUGAGUUUCCUGCUCAAAUUUGUAGUAUUGAUGUUUUAAGACAGACACUAGAAGUUUGGUAUUAUUUUAAG